AUGGCGGAAGACACCCUCAUGGAAGAGAGAACGGAGUUCAUGGUAUCUCCCAAACACCCUCAUCCCAAACGCAGGCUUGCCCAAUUUCUAAAACCUUCUGUUCCUACUUCCCUUGACGUUCAACCCUUUCUCUACAAGCCUCCCCAAUUUUAUUCACCCAACCUGUCCUUCAACUUCAACGGCUGGAGAACCCCACAAAAGGAUUGGAAACCCUGGGUUGAUCGCAUGCAUUCUCUCCACCAAUUUACCUGGAAAAAAGCAGGAAUAUAUCAUGCCGUCUUGAAUUCCUCCUAUGAAAUCAUUAAAAACGAUGAUUCCAUUAUAGGGCUUGCAGAAAAGUGGUGUCAUGAGACCAACUCCUUCGUGUUUGCAUGGGGAGAAGCUACCAUCACUUUGGAAGACAUGAUGGUUGUAGGAGGUUACUCCGUAUUAGGUGAAUCUGUUCUCCAUCCUUCUGAAAUCAGAGAAUCAUUCAACUUUCUGGAUGAAGCACGGGUAGAGCUUCAAAGAAGUAAGACCAAUAAGGCCUGUCAGUUUGGAUGGUUAAAAAAAUUCAAAGACACUGGAACCCAAUUCGAGCAUGAAGCAUUUCUUGUAUUGUGGUUAUCCAGGUUUGUCUUCCCUUCAUCAUACUCCACUGUCGUCAAACAUGUUUUCCCCAUUGCUAUUCAUUUAGCUAGAGGCAUCAGAAUUGCUCUUGCACCUGCUGUUCUUGCCAGCCUAUACAGAGAUUUGAGCUUCUUAAAAGCUAAAAUUGAUGAUUCCAUCAAUGGUGAUUACCAUGACGAGAUAUCAAUUACGGUUUGGGCUCCUUUACAACUUGUACAAAUCUGGAUUUGGGAGAGAUUACCCAAACUUAUGCGACCGGUUACUGAUGGUUGCAAGCCAAGAUUUUCUACAUGGGACAAGAAGAAGUUGCACAUAUACAAUGCUGGCUCACUUUUUGAUUGUGCUUUACAAAAUUUUUCUUGGCGACCAUAUGCUACUAGCACGAGUGGGAUUGAUCAUUUGUUUUCUUCUAAGGUUUAUCAAGAAAAGGGAAGGUGGGUCGGAGUUGGUGAUGGCUUAGAUGAAGAAUUGGAGUCGUGGGUUCGUUGUUUGAGAGCUUCUGAACUGGUUGGGAUAGAUGGAAGUUGUAUCGAGCAAUACCUACCCCAUAGAGUUGCUAUGCAAUUUGGCAUGGACCAAGAUAUUCCUGGUGAAGUGCCACGAACCAAUGCAUCUCCCGAAACCGCUUGGAGGUUUUACACACGACCAAUUAGGAAUGUUUUAGUGUAUCUUCCAUCAAAAUUCUGCGAGCCAUAUGUCACUGCUAGAUACUUGGAGUGGUGGAAUAAGUCAGUUGGGGUUCAAGCACGAAGCUCUCCCAUGGGUGACAAUGAGAAACUGGAAAAUUUUGUCGAAAAUGAAUCAAGAAUCGAAGGGAUCAAAGAAUCUGUGGAUGGCAACAAAGCUUCAGAUGAAUCAAGAAGUGAAGGGUCCAAAGAAUUUGUGGAUGGUACCAACACUUUAGAUGAAUCAAUAACUGAAGGGUCCAAAGAAUCUGCGGAUGGCACCAAAACUUCAGGUGUAGCAAGCCUUGGCAUCCAUGAGGCUAAUACAUUGAGAUUGGAACUUGAAGCCAGAAUCAGAAAACUCGAGGAAGUUUUUGCAUAUCUCAAAGCUAAGAAACUUGGUCAAAGGUUAAUGUAGAUUGCUUUACAAUCAUAUUUACAGUCAUAUUGAUCAAAAUCUUACAAGGCAUCUGAACUAGCUAGCUUAUAUUACAUUCAAGUGGGCGUUUUUAGAAGAAAUUUCAUAGAUUGACUCUUGU